AUGGCGAUCACGUACUGGUCCCCCGCAACCUCGACCGCCAUAAUCCGCUGCCCGCGCGAACACUACGAGAUGGUAUGGGCGGCGCUUACGCUCACCACAAAGCUGCCGCGACCGGUCGAUACGCCUAUCGUUAUCAAGGUUGUUAGAGUGAGCGGGACGAUAAGGAAGGCAGAAGAGGAGGUUAUCAGAAGAGCGAAGGGGAUCAUUAGGCGCGCCAAAGAGAUGGAGGCAGGGAAGAAAGAUUUGAUCAUGGAUGGCGUGGUCCAGGCCGUAGAGAGGAGAGCGGAGCCCGAUGCUGUGUUGGCGCAAGUCGAUGAGGGAGAGGAGAGUGAGAGUGGUAGCGGUAGCGAGUAG